GUUCAAUUCUUGUUUCCUGAAGCAAACAGCGAAAACCCCCCAUGGAGAUCAAGAUCAGAUUUUGGUCUGACUACACACAUGAUGCGCCCCUAUUGUUCCGUGCGAGGAAAUUGUGGCAUUCUCCGUGUUUGCUGCGUUCUGUUUACUACGAAACGCCGACGGCAUAAAAGCAGAUAAAAAGCCUAUUAUUCUUCCUGACAUUGCUUCGAUACUUUUACUUGUUUGUCGUUUCUGCUCAUGGAAAGUUCAGCCAUCGUUGUGCAACCGAGUCUCGAGCCUCCGAUCAGGGGAUUGCGUCGUUUAAAAUCCAUGUUGGAUUACGAUGCCCCCCUUAAACUUCCGACCUCCACUGCUGACGCUGAUUCCCCGGCCAACAUCCCGGAAUCAGUGAGGAAAUUUUUUGCCUCCGUAUCGAGUCCCACCGAAAUUUUGUCCUCAAAACUCGUCUCCCCAUUAGAACGAACCGAAGUUAUCGAAGGGGGUUUCAACUUUGCACACUUUCUUAACCUCGACACGGGUGAAUCUGGCCGCCCCUUUCCCUUUGUUCUACGCUUUCCAAUUGAUCCCAUCAACAUCACCCGAUGGCAGACUUGCACUGCCGUAGGAUGUAUGCUGUACUGUCAGCGACACCCUGGUCUCAAUAUACCCACUCCGGCUAUCUACGCUUAUAGCAGUGCCUGUGGAUCGGAGUUCAUAGCCAUGGAAUAUAUCGAUGGAGAUGCCUUGAGCAGCGCCUGGCUGGAUAUCCCAAAGGACGAACAGGAGGAUGUGCUCCGUCAGGUCGCAGAAAUAAUGCAUACAAUGAGGAGCAAGACAAGCUUUAAAGCGAUCGGAGGAAUCAGUCCCGAUGGUUCCUCGUGUCCUCUAGUUGACGGUAUCGACGCCACAUGUGGGAGGGUAUGCUUUCCUUGAUCGUAUAACCUCAUAGAAGCUAAACCUUUUUCAGGGGGUAGUUGACGAUUUCGGUCUUUACAAUAUUGGGCCGUUAGUGCUUCGACGACGUCCUCCG